UCUCAGACAAACAGCAGUUAAGAUGGAGGCGUCAUCUGUACAGAGGCUGCUGGUUCUCUCCUCACUGCUGAUCUGCUGCACAAACCAAGCUCGUCUCACUGUGAGUCCCAGCAGCUCUCAGAUGUUUGAAGGAGAGUUUGUCUCUCUGAGCUGUGAGGAGGACGAACCCUCUGGAUGGACUCUGAGGAGAAACACGACCAGAGGAACCAGGACUCAGUGUGGAGCUGGAUGGGGAAAAACUGCUGGUUCCUCCUGUAACAUCAGCUACAUUCGCCCAAAGGACAGUGGAGUCUACUGGUGUGAGUCCAGAGAGGGAGAAACCAGUAACACCAUCAACAUCAGCGUCACUGGUGGACCAGUGAUCCUGAGGAGUCCUGUCCUCCCUGUGAUGGAGGGACAUGACGUCACUCUGUCCUGUAGGACAACGACGUCCUCCAACCUCCCAGCUGGUUUCUAUAAAGAUGGCUCCUUCAUCAGGACUGAGCCUGAAGGUCACAUGACCAUCCAGCAUGUUACCAAGUCUGAUGAAGGCCUCUACAGGUGUAACAUGACAGGUGGAGAGUCUCCACCCAGCUGGCUGUCUGUCACAGGGAAACCCACCACUACACCUCCUACAUCCUCCUCCUCUGCUUCCUCUGGUCUUACCUCCUCUUCCUCUGGUUCUCAUCCUCUAUUCUUGUGGUCUGCUCUUUCAUCUGUCGGUGUCCUGGUUCUACUGGUUCUACUGGUUCUACUGGUGAGACGAUGCAUCCGUAGGAAACCUGAAGCUGCUGAAGUAGAAGUUGGAGAUGAUGACAUCACAGAUGACAUCACAGAUGACAUCACAGAUGACAUCACAUACAGUGAUGUCAAAAUAUCCCGUAACCUGCCAAUCAGACGGAGCAGAGAGAGCGAUCCAGCUGCAGCGUACUCAGCAGUGAGACCAGCAGAAGACGUCAGUUAUGGACAAAUAGUCCUCAGAGACGUCAGAUCAAACAGGACCAGAGAGAGCGAUCCAGCUGCAGCGUACUCAGCAGUGAGACCAGCAGAAGACGUCAGUUAUGGACAAAUAGUCCUCAGAGACGUCAGAUCAAACAGGACCAGAGAGUUUCCACCGGAGCGAGAGGUCAUCUACUCUUCACUGAGGUAGACCGUCACACCAGUCCGACCAGUCCAACCAGUCCGACCAGUGAGGUCCGGCUGCUCCUCCAAACCCCUCAAAACAUUCAUUUUUUUUGUUUCUUUAAAAAUAUAUAUAUAUAUAUAUAUUGAGACAUAUUUAAAUUUGUGUUUUUUUUGGUUAAAUUAAAACACUAGAAAUAAAAGAUAAAUUAUAUUAAUUUCUAAUUGUACAGUUUUUUUCCUCCAUGAGUAUUUCAGUACAACACCAACAUGUCUUCUUUACAG